CUAAUACUCCCGAGGUGUCCGAUAAUAAUGCGUCAGCGAGGCGGACCAGUGAGCUCCUCCGGGACAACAUGGACACACACACAGCAGAUAUCCAUUUAAUUAAACAUGACCCAAGGGGAAUCACUAUGCACUGCUGACUUCUCUGCAGACAGGCCGGCAGCCUCUCAGCUGAAGCAGGGAGAAACAGGCACCAUGGGCUCUAUCGAGGACGAUUCAGAGGCUGCAAAGGAAACUAUUGGAAUAUACCAACAUCUUUAACCUACAAAGAAAAGUCCACAGUUCAAACAUGGAGAUCUACUUUUUUGCCUACUUUGUCUACUAAUUUUUUCUCCUGGACAUUUUCUAAUUUGGAUCUUUGCUUAACGUCAGAAACUGUUAUUAAUGAAGAUCAGGGAUGUUAUCUACAUAUUUGUAAGUUGCAUGCUCCAGUGGGGACCAACUCCAGUAUCUUAUCAUCUACUUUGUAUCAGCAAGUGCAAAAAUAAGUCCAGUACCCCACCAACUUUGUACCCUAAAUCCCGGGCUGCACCUCUCGCACAGACUCCAGAUAUCCUCCUGUCUGGAUGACUAAGGGAAGAAUUGCCAGACACGUAGCAUGGCUCGCUCCUCUCACUCCUCUGGCUGCAGGGAGAUGACAAACGGAGGAGGGCACUCCCAAUUUAACCAUGGAGGCCACACCGGGGGUUCCCACAGCACCACGCGCUACAAGCUGAAGAAACAGCAUCGCCGCAGACGCAGGUCCUCCUCCCCGAUGGGCAGGGUCAUUCUCAUCAACGCACCUGUUGAUGGAGGGGAGGACAGUGAAGACAUUCACACAUUGACAGUAGAUAAGAGCCCAGAUGGCCGUCUUGGGUUCAGUGUCCGCGGGGGCUCUGAACAUGGACUCGGCAUAUUUGUCAGCAAGGUGGAGGAUGACAGCUCUGCAGAGCAGGCUGGGCUGACUGUGGGCGAUAAGCUGGUGGAGGUGAACGGGGUCAGCCUGGAGAGCAUCACCAUGAGCAGCGCCGUGAAGGUCCUGACAGGCAACAACAGGCUGCGGAUGGUGUUGAGACGGGUGGGCAAGAUCCCCGGCAUCCGCUACUCCAAGGAGAAGACCACAUGGGUGGAUCUGAUUCACCGGCGGAUGGUGGUGGAGGAGAGCGGUCGAACACCCUCAGAGGCCAGUUCAGACAGCGCUCUCCGCAGGAUCGUGCAUCUCUUCACCACAUCAGAUGACUACUGCCUGGGCUUCAACAUCAGAGGAGGCAAAGAGUUUGGACUAGGAAUCUAUGUUUCUAAGUUGGACCCAGGUGGGCUUGCAGAACAGCAUGGCAUCAAAAUGGGCGAUCAAAUCCUUGUAGCCAACGGGAUCAGCUUUGAUGACAUCACCCAUAGCAAUGCAGUCGAGGUCUUGAAGAGCCACACCCAUGUCAUGUUGACAAUCAGGGAAGCUGGGAGAUACCCUGCAUACAAGGAGAUGGUGGCAGAAUAUGGCUGGCUUGAUAAACUGGCCAAUGGGGGCCCUGCACCAUCCUCCCAAGGUUCAGACUCCAACUCCUCUGCCUCCUCGUUGUCCUCCAGCACCCCCCUCAGCUCCCUCAGUGGUCUCUCCCAAGUCCUUUUCCCUUCUGUCUUUGGCUCCGAGAUGGUAGACAUCGCCAUCUCCACAGAGGACCGCUCCCGACGUCCAAGCAGUGCCGAGCGAACUGCUGACACCGCAAUUCAGACCGAUCCCUACCCUCCAAACUACCCAGACCACCCAUCAUCUAAUGGGUCGUACCCCGAGAGGCUGGCCACCACAGAAACCAGCCGGACUGUAGGUGCCACAGUGCUCCUGAAGGACACAGUCAUUCGUGGGAAAGGGGAAGGACCGAGGGAGAUGGGAGGAGCUGGAGAAGGAGGGCGGGGACGCAUGAGGAUGCUGUCAUCUGGGGACCAGGAAGUAGUGAAAGAGUCACCUAAGACGGCGGCGCUGAUGGCUCUGAGCCGACCACGGAAGCCAAUCAAACGUUCCCAGAGUCACAUCACUGUGUCAGAGGAAAAACAAAAGAAAAAGAUACAACAGAAGGAGAAGAGCACUGGAGAGCGCAAAACCAGCCUGCAGCGAUCUAAAACCUUUGUCAACCUGUUCUUUAAGAAAGACCGCAAAGGGAAGAGCCGCUCCAAGUCACCGUCUCACCAUGCCGACAAAGAUAAGGAGCGGGGUCGUCCCUUCCAGCUCUUGACCUCCCCGAGGGAAUCCCGUGCUGGGGUUAAAGACAACAGCCAGCUGCCCCGACCAGAGACCCUGCAGCAUGUGGAGGACAUAGCAAAGAAACUGCUCAGUCAGGAUGAGGUCGCUGCUGUGAUGAGACACUGUCGGCGGUUUUUAUCGGACAAUGUGAUUGAGGAUUUAGUGCGUCCCCUUUUGGCAAUCUUUGACAGGCCAGAGAAACUGCUACUUCUCAGAGAAAUACGGAUGCUGAUACCUACUACUGAGCUGGGUCGGUUUGACAGCAUGGUCAUGCCCUUUGAGCUCGAGGCAUACGAUAUUCUGAAGAGUCGCUCUAUUCGAUCUCCAGCUCUGCGCUCCCCCCGAAGUGGAACCCCUCGACGUCACCUCAUCACCCCAGUCCCAGACUACAGGGGUGGGUUCCACCUCCAGCCGGUCCAGGACACACCGCGGGAGCGCCAGAUGAUUGAGGAGUUAGAGAGAUUAUGUUUUUCUGGCCAACAGUCAGGCCAUCUGCCUCCAUCCCGUGUCUUCACCCCUCUGCUAGAUGUACCUGUGGAUAACUACGCCUCUUCCACUGUGCGCUCCCGCUCCCUGAGCCCCUCACCCACCCACAGCUUCGUCCUCACAGAAUCACCACACAGCACCCAACGUGGGCGCCAACCUCAUCGCUCCCCAAGCAGAAGAGAGAACGGGGCGUCGCGGCAUGACGAGGUCUCCUUGUUGUCAGCCUCUGACCGAGGAGAUGUGGCUCCUGAACGAGGGGGGAACCCUGUGAGGAACGGCCAUGGGAGAGCGAGGAGGGAGGCGAGUCCUGACAGCAUAGACGGCAGACUUAGCCGGCAGGAGGGCUACACAGAGGUCAGCGUACGCGUUCCCUCACAGCGGCGAGGGAGAACCCCACUGGCUGAUAUGUUUGAGCCCCAGAGAGACCAGAGUCCCUCCACGCGCAGAGAGAGCAGUCAGCAGCUAAAUGGACAUUCACAAAAUGGUCACGGGGUGAAAAGAAGAGCAAAUCUGCCAACUGAGGAGUAUGAAAUCCACACUUUGACCAUCACCAAGGCCAAGCAGUCACUGGGUAUUAGUAUCUCUGGAGGUAUGGAGUCUAGAAUCCAGCCCAUGAUAAAGAUUGAGAAAAUCUUCCCAGGAGGAGCUGCAUCUAUGAAUGAGGCUCUGAAGGCAGGGUAUGAGCUGUUGUCCGUGGACGGCGAGAGUAUGCAGGGAGUGACUCAUCUGCACGCGGUGGACCUUAUUCGCAGAGCGUUCAGUAACAAGGCCAAAGACCCGAUGGUUUUUAUGGUCAAGGUCCCCAGGAGACCUGCAGACUAAUCUUUGUGUGCCUCACAGUUGGACUGCAGUUCAGGUAUGAAGGACACAACAACCUGCAACUCCUGUGGGAGUGAAUAAAUUACAGGAUUCACUCUAGAAGAGGAGGUACGGGACAGGUAGAUCUCCGGUCACAGUGGAGAGGAAUGGAUGCACAGAAGCAUUUGUCCUAUGAAAGGCAGAGCUAUGAUAAUAUAUCAAAGAGAAAGGUGGACAUGUUGAAGCAGGUUUUUAAGACUGAUGCAGCUUAUUUAUCAGGAUAACGAUUGUUAAAGAUCACUUUUGCUACAAUGAAAUUAGUAUGUUGCAACUUUACGACUUUUAUAACAUUCUUAGUGUUUUUAACAUUUUACUAAAUGCACACAUUGCACAUUCACUAGACAAAAAGUAAGUAAUGUGUGUUUUAUGAUACGAUCAUUCAUGAACCCUUCCUUGGUUGAAAUUGUGCCACUGCUCGACACGUAGCAAGCUUGUCGUGACCUCUGAGCACCGUCCGAUUGUGGAGCCAGUAGUCUGCACUUUUCAGUUGGAGCAGUCCUGCAGCCCCGCAAGCAUGCCAGAGAGAGAUUACCCCAGCCUGCGUUAUGAGAUUUAUAGAUUUAUACCCAGAUUAAAACCCUGUAUUAUGUCAAAACUGAUAGUUUGGGUUUAGUGGAUGUCUGGGGGGAUUAUUACAAAUUGCUGCUCAGUAUUUUUGUACUGUAUUAUUCUGGCAGAAGUACUUGUGCUCUGGAGCAAUCCGCCACUUUAGAGGCUUAAUUACACCCCGCUGUGGACUGAGUUUAUGCAGACAUGUGGAGGAGUUGGAAAAACAUGUCAAUGAGAAAUGCAGGACAUGAAGGCCAGUGGCACAGUUUAAAUCAAAGUAGGGUAGAGGAGAUAUGGACAGCAAGGUAACUGGAAUACAGUGUGCAUAGUGCCUUACUUCUGCAGGCGGCCAGAGGGGAAAAACACUAAUAAAUGUGCUAGAAAAGCUCAAGGUGAAGGUCAGAAUUGCAAUUA